CGCGAGAAUGAGAUGCAGCGAUUGAUUGCUAGAGGGCCCGUACCUCGAGAUGACAAUGCGGCCCCGUCACGAGGACCCCCAGAAGGGAGGACCUGGAUGAAGCCGGUCGCCGUGGCCACGCAAGGGAGGAAUCUUGAGAAGAGGCACAUUAGAUGGGAACAUCAGAGGGGAUUCCAUCGCCCAGAGAAAGAAUUAGAAACACAUGGUCUUUGUCGCCAAGGCCCACCAGCUGCCGGCGUCUAAGCUCAGGAAGAGAGAGCAAAUCCAAUUCACGGAGAAGGAUCUUCCCAACACGAGGAGCCCCCAUCGAGACGCCCUGGUCGUCCAAAUUGAGAUAAAUAACACUAUAGUGCACCAAACCCUGGUUGAUACAGGGAGUUCGGUAAACAUCAUGUACAGGAAGACCUUCAAGGACCUCGGCUUGAGCUGCAAAGACCUUAAGCCAAUGCGCACCCCUCUCUCCGAGUUCAUGGGAGACUCCAUCGAGGCCGAGGGAGUUAUCACGGUACCCGUUAUAGAAGGGGAUGGUGUGCACAAGGCUAAGCUGAACUUAGAGUUCAUGGUUAUGAGCAUCAAAUGCACAGACAACAUGAUCUUUGGACGACCCAGCCUCCAAGACUUGGAGUGCGGCAUCUACCCGUAUUACUUGUGCAUGAAGUUCCCCACCCCUUCGGGGAUAGGGUUGGCAAGGGGAGAUCUGAAGCUUGCCCGUUCGUGCUAUAUCUGAAUUACCAAGAAGCUGCCAAGGGACGAGACGCUGGUCGUGAACACCCAGGAGAAGAUCAGGAAGCAAGAAGCGCAGCCAAAAGCCAAACCUGCUCAAAUAGUUGAGAAAGUGCCAAUCGACCCCCAUGUGCCCGAGUGGAAGGUGAAGAUUGGGGUGAGUCUCGCAAUUAACCUGCGGA